AUGUUGGGCGAUGGCUCGGUAGAGAAUCGUCCGCCAUCUACAGAAGUAGACAGUGAUGAAGCCAACCAAUUCCCUAGCGAGGAUGAAGACCAUGGCGACCACGAAACUCUCUCUCAUAACGGGAAAAGGAAGCGUCCUGUCUCAGUUUCCAUACCAGACGUCGCCGACGCUGAAGCUAACAAUACUGUUCCUAGAUGUGAGCUAUGUAAGCAAAGAAAGGUCAAAUGUGAUCGUGGCCAGCCUUCUUGCGGUUGGUGUACCCGCAAUGGCGCUGUGUGUGAAUAUAAAGAGCGCAAGAAGCCUGGCUUGAGAGCGGGUUAUGGUCGCGAGCUUGAGCAGCGCCUUGACAAACUUGAAGAGAUAUUGCGCUCUCAUGCUGAGAUCCUUCAUGGUACCCUGGCGUCCAACACAAAUCCCAUCCUCGCCACCAGUAUUCAGCACAGUAAUCCAAGCCUUCCUAGCGACCAAGGAACUCCGCGAGACACCCAUCCAAACCUUUUCAGGCCUUCUGAACCAGUUCGCACACCUCAAACUGACACUGCCUUGUUCGGACAGAGAGCUCCCAGCUCAAACUUCGCUCCAAGUACACAGAGUCUUGAGUUUAAUGUAGCUCCUACCCCCAGGAUGAGCGAUGGGUACCAGGGCCGGAAUCGUGGGUCGAUGUCUGUUGCGCCGCCUGCUCAACUAUCACCUAUGCAACACAACAAUACCACUCAAGACUAUUACAGUUCUGUACAGCCAAAUAUUCAUUCACCUACAGCACCAUUGUCGGCAGCUCCAGGAACCUCGACCCCGGAUCGAGACAUGCCGCCUUACGACCUUCUCUACGCACUGGUUGAUCUCUAUUUUAAGCACAUCAAUACUUGGUGCCCGAUUCUUCACCGCAAAACAACUCUGGAUACACUCUUCGGGCCAUCUGCCCUCGAUGAAACAGAUCGAGUUCUGCUUCAUGCAAUUGUGGCAACGACCAUGCGUUACUCGACGGAUGCGAGGCUGACGGAGGAGCGGCGGGAGCACUAUCACCGAGUUUCCAAAGAACGGGUUCUUCUUUACGGCAUGGAAAACUCUUCUGUAAAAGCGUUGCAAGCUCUCGUUAUUCUUGCACUCGACCUUUGUGGAAGUAGUAAUGGUCCACCUGGGUGGAAUAUUAUGGCUCUCAUAACCCGAUCGGUGGUGCAGCUUGGUCUUGCUGUGGAAACUACUUCUUCUACUGUAUCGCCUCAUUAUCUUUCGAUCUAUACACUUCGAGCAAUGACACUUUCGGAACCCAAGGAUUUUAUCGAAGAAGAAGCCAGACGUCGGUUAUUCUGGAUGAUUUACCUCUUGGAUCGAUAUGCAACUCUUGCAACCGCCUUUGAAUUUGCUCUGGAUGACAAGGAAAUCGAUAGGACAUUGCCUUGUCGCGAUGAUUUGUGGAUCAAAAACCAAAAGGUCGAUACUAGAUGGUUUAGUACCGAUCUACACUCGGGCUCUCCAGGGCACGACAUCGACCAACCAGAGAACUUAGGUGCAUUUGCCUAUUAUAUUGAGAUUCUUGGUAUUCUAUCCAAGAUACACAAGUUUCUUAAGCAGCCUAUUGAUAUCAGUGCUCUGAGUGACGUGGAACAAUGGCAGAUGCGCUACAAGGAGCUCGACAAUAUGCUAACCUCCUGGAAGUUUAGUCUUCCUGGUGAGUUUGGAAACAUGGCAAAGCUCUUCCACCCAGGAAGUAAGAACAUCAACUGCGCAUGGGUCAUGCUUCAUGCUACAUACCACACAGCGGUCAUCCGUCUUCACUCAUCAGCCGCUUACCCCACAACGAGGUCACCUAUAUUCACACCAUCGUAUAGCGCAUCACAGCGAUGCCACGGGGCAGUUGAAAACGUGGCUGCCCUUGGCGAAUUCGUUGUGAACAAUGGAAUGUUGGCAAAGCUGGGGCCCCCUUUUGCUUUUACUCUCUGGGUUUCAGCACGCCUUCUCCUUGUCCACGGAUCUACUGUUGAGCAUAAACUCUCACCCCAACUUCCGUUCUUCGUCGAUAGCCUGCGGGAGAUGGGACGAUACUGGCCUGUUGCGGCUCGAUAUUCCCAGCUACUGCAGAGAGUGCUAGAAGAGCAUCGUGACAGCGAACGACAGGGAGAUGGCAUCACCCCCAGCUCAGUUAAGAUACUUUCUGACAUGCGACGCACGGCAUUUGACUUGGAUUUCCUCAUCUCGCGACAGCCCAGGCAACCAGGUGGCUCAGCGUUGAGUAGGCUACCAAGCGUUACGCCGGCAAGGACACCAGCACCCAACGAGCUUGAAUAUCUCGACGUGUUCGAUUUCUUCAAUGUGCCGCGUCUUCCACUUGGAGGCGAAAACAUCUCUGCCGUUAAUGGUACACCUGGGCCACCAGGUACAGAUAUGGACACGUCUAAUGACCACGGAACAAGCUUGGGGGCAUCAAAUGAGUUCAAUAUCACCAAUUUUAUGGUCGAUGCCAAUAGUGACUGGCUUUUUAAGCAGGAGGGUGGCCCAAAAUAUAUGGCAGCUACGUAA